AUGGACUCUAACACGACAGAAAACACUCGCCAAGAAAUACAGUCUGCACAACAUGAAACGCGACCAGAAGCAAAUUUGGAAAUUCCUCAACGUCAAAGACCAUCAGUUCUCGAAAGUAAUGGCUACCAUAUUCAGGAUACUAUUGGGAAGGGAGCAUUUUCCAUUGUCAAGAAAGCUUUUUCCAAAUCACACAACCGAGUCGUGGCAAUCAAGAUCGUGUCGAAGCUAAAAGCUACUAAAGAUGUGCUAAACAAAUUCUUACCUCGAGAGAUCGAACUUGUACGAGGAUUAAGACACGCGAACUUAAUCCGAUUCUAUGAGUGCAUUGAAACUACAAUGAGGUUUUAUAUUGUAAUGCAAUGCGCCGAGAAUGGAUCUCUACUACAACUCAUUCGCAAGGAGAAAAUGCUACCCGAGGUUCGAGCCAAAUUGUUUUUCAAUCAACUUUUAAAUGCCGUAGAAUAUAUUCACAGAAAGGGGGUUGUACAUAGAGACAUCAAGUGUGAAAAUAUCGUAUUCGACGAAAAGUUUGAUCUUAAACUGAUUGACUUUGGUUUCGCUCGUGGAAAUAUGCAACCUAUUUCAGCGGGCGGGAAAAUGAAACCCGUUCUAUCAAAAACUUUUUGUGGUAGUCACGCUUAUGCAAGUCCUGAAAUUUUGAAAUCAAUUCCGUAUAUACCGCAAUUGUCCGAUAUUUGGGCAGUGGGUAUAGUGCUUUACACUAUGGUGAUAGGUCGACUACCGUUCUCAAACGAAGAAAACAUUUCGACUUUGCUAAAGCAAGUGUCAGCUGGUCCUAAAUUUCCUAGCGAUAGAUGCAUCAGUGAAGAAUGCAAGGACGUUAUUGUUAAAAUUCUUAGGCCAGCGCAAACACGCAUAAGCAUCGAAGAGAUGCGCCGGCUGCCUUGGUGCAGCGGAAAAGAAUCUGGCUACGACGACACUGGAAACAAGAAAACGCUUGAGAAAAAGAUAAAGUUGGACCGGACUUCAAAUCACAGCAGUGAAAAUGGUUCUGAAAUAACCGACAUCAAUGACAAUUCUGGCUAUAACCCAUUGAGUACAUCGGCAAUUGUAUAUAAUAGAAAAAAGGCUGUGCCUAACUAA